AAUUGCUACCCCCUCUCCUGGUGUUGCCCACUAUGUGAUUUGGGGAUCUUAUCUAUUUCUGCAGUACUGGUUUUACAUGUAGAAUGGUGUGCCUUCUAAUUCUGCCUUAGUCUUGAUGACUAUGAGAAUGAAGCUCUUUUGGAUGAGAAUACUGCAAAAAUAUGUUGGAUAAAGUUCAGUCUAUUACAGAAUCCUCUAUAGUGAGUUCUCUGUUACCACUGUAGAACAAGUCCCGUUUUAGUUAUUACAUGGAAAUGUAUGUUAGUUGGUAUUUUAAGAUCACAUACCCCACUUACAUUUACCUCCAGUAUAUCCGAUAUUUUCAGUAUUCUAGUGUGCAGGUCCUGUCCCCAUUUAACCUUGAGAAAUUCUCAAUAAGGGAGUUCAGACUCCUUCACAAAUCCCCAGUGUAUAUGAGGAGGCUGUGUGGGUUAUCUCACACUCAUGAUUUAGCAAUGCUGAGAAGGAGAUGUAUCUGAAUAGAAGUCCAUAGGAGAAGGGUCCAAGGCCAAUUAGGAGACUCUUUGCAUGAAAGUGCACUAUGUGACUAUGACUGUACAUGUGUGAGACCUUUUAUAUUUGAAUACAUGCAUCAUGAGCUUUUAAUGUGGGUGGGGGUUGCAUGAAUCUGCCUAUUGUGAAAUAGACCAGCUUUGCAUUAUCAUGGAGGGAAAAUAAGUAACCAUGGCUUAUUUUUCCUCCCUACAUGAGCCAUUGUGAGCAGCCUAAUUAGCAUAAUAAUUCUUGCACCCUGAACCCUUAGAACAAGCCAUGGAUUUCAGAGUGGUUGUAAGCUACCCAUCUUUGUUGUGGCUUAUUUUUUCCUCUGUGGUCAUGUAGACCUGGCUGAUGUAUCCUGAAGAGAAAAAGUGGUGGGAAAUGGAUAUCUGUUGUUGGCACUGGGAAAGCAUUAGGAAAGACUAAUUUCCUUCAUUAUUUUUGUCUCCCUGAGUCCUAUCCUUGGGGAACAUAAAUGACCCUCUUUCUGUGUCACAUAGUUCAUCUGUGUGGGAUGUUGCAGAGUAGAUGAAAAGAGGCAGCAUUGAACAGAGCACGAAAUGCUGCUGUUUUGCUUCAGGAAGGACAGGUAAACAGAUGCAGCCCAUUCACUGCCUAUGGUUUGAGACUAUUAAUUGUUAUCUCCUUGCCCUCAUAGUUAAGAAGCAAUCUUGUACAAGUUUAGACAGAAAAACGCCUUAUAACUCCAGGCAUGCCCCAUAUGCAAUGAGAGCUGCAGGUCUUUAUUUUAUGUAAACUUACAUAGGAUUGCACCUUUCAAUGCUGCUUGCAUAGGCAAGAGAUCAGAGAGAGAGAGAAUUCCUUGGCCCAAGGCCACUUCUUGACUUCAUAAUUAAACUGUCAUUUGAAAUAGCCAAGGCCCUAUCAACAAGAUUCUGGCUGUAAGGCUUGGUUCCUUACAAGUUCUCCAACUUCACUAUUAAAAUACGCAGAUUCCUACAACACUCACUAUAUGAAAUAGAUUUAUAUUCUAUGCAUUUAAUAUAGUUAGGAUGAAUUUCAAAAGUAAGUCUGGCAUGAUUUUAAGACUAACCUUUAAUUCUAUGUGUAAUUUAUAUCAGAUAUGUCCCUCUGGCAGUUCACUUUCUCUAGUAUAAAAGCCUAGGGAAAGAAUGUACUAGACUGUAUUUGUUACAGUGAAUGUUAAAUGGCUAUCAUGGGUUUUUGACUGGGGUGGGUAGGCCUCAGGCUUGCAAGAUUUAUUUUGUUUUUACUAGAGUUCCUAAGAUCUACCAACCAUGGCCAAGUGCAAAAUACACAGAAUUAAAGAAUUCUAAGCCCAGGAGUGAACUGAAUGGAACUCACAAUCCUACAAUGCACAAAUCUUCUACUUAUUUCCCUCUCCCAAGAUUUCCUCAUUUCAGCAGUAUAAUUUGGGGAAGAGGAGAGUAAUUUUGUUGCUCCUAUUAUACAGUUGGGAAUCAGGUAUCUGUGCCUUUCUACUAUAAACUGUUUAGAGCCUUGCCAGUAGAUCCAGUAGAUUGUAUAUUCCCCUGUUUUUGACACUAGCCAAUGUGUUAUUUUAAGAAAUGCAAUUGGAAGAAAGAUUUUUACAUUCCUUUGCAGGUGGUGAUAAAUGUGCAGUAAACAUUAACAAUUUUCUCAGUCUCCUUUACAUUACAUUGCAUUAAGCUAUACUGGGUUUGGGGUGUGAACAAAGUAAAAUAUUCCCAUGAAACCUAUCCCUGAGCUAAAAAUACAUCUAUGAAUUCUUGUCAGUCUGUACCUGCUAGCAACAACAUGAGCAAAUUGUUCUAAGCUUCUUAGCACUUACAUGUGUGCAUUCUAAACUUGGAUUUCUUGUGAUGGUAUAGAGGCCAGGACCAAGAAAAGUGGAAUGUAAUACUUUAAUUUAUCCAGUGAAUAGUCUGUUUGUACAAAAUAUGUUGUGACUUUUUAUUUUUUCUUCCAGAACUUAAAUGACUUUCAAGGUAUUAGGGACAACUAUGGUCAGAUUUCUCCUUCUGUGAAAAUUCUGCUAUAUUAAAAUGACAGCAAAUAAGCCCAAAAGUCAAAAUUCUUUGGCUCUUCAUAAAGUCAUCAUGGUUGGCAGCGGGGGUGUAGGAAAAUCUGCAUUAACUCUGCAGUUCAUGUAUGAUGAGUUUGUGGAAGACUAUGAACCUACCAAAGCAGAUAGCUAUCGAAAAAAGGUGGUCCUUGAUGGGGAAGAAGUCCAGAUAGAUAUAUUGGAUACAGCAGGACAGGAGGAUUAUGCUGCAAUUAGAGACAACUAUUUCCGAAGUGGAGAAGGUUUUCUUUGUGUGUUUUCCAUUACAGAGCUUGAAUCUUUUGCAGCUACAGCCGACUUUAGAGAACAGAUUUUAAGAGUAAAAGAAGAUGAAAAUGUUCCUUUUUUGCUAGUUGGUAACAAAUCAGAUUUGGAGGACAAAAGACAAGUUUCUGUAGAAGAAGCAAAAAAUAGAGCUGAUCAGUGGAAUGUUAACUAUGUGGAAACAUCUGCUAAAACACGAGCUAAUGUUGACAAGGUAUUUUUUGACUUAAUGAGAGAAAUCAGGGCAAGGAAGAUGGAAGACAGCAAAGAAAAGAAUGAAUUUUCCAGCCUUGGUUUGAAAGGACACGCAGAUCAGUUCCUUGAUGGUCUUGCAAGAAGCAUACAAUUUUUGAUUAAGACCCAAAUUAAGUUGUUGACAGCAGAAGUGAGCUCUCUGCAGGCCAAUUUGUUGUGGUCUGUCUUAAGACACUCUGCUUAUGCUCCUUACUGCAUAAUGGCUCCUCUAUAGACCAGAAUCAAAAUAAAAGCUUAUGAAAACAUUGUUCUGUACAACUGUGUUUGGCAUGCACCCAGCUCCUGAUGUUGGCUUUAAACUAACACUCUUUCUGUCUCUGUCUGUCUUAUCUGUCUCUGAGUGUGUGUGUGCAUGUGAAUGAGAGAGAAGUAUGUAAGGAUACAGUUCAGUGCAUGCAGAAUCCUGAGAGUGAGAAGGCUUCUUCCUGCCUAAACGUACAUAGGAUUGCACCCUAAAGUGCUUCUGUGCUAGACCAAAAAGUCCAUGGAACAUCCCUUGAUGCAUUUGUGUUGGUUUUACUGCAUUUAGUGCAGAUCUUACAGUUUCCUCUACAUAUUAUCUUGUCUGGGAGAAAGUAUCCAUAAACAAAGUUAGAGCAGAGUGGGAAUUAACUAUCUGGGCAUUCUUUAAAUAUGUGGCAUGUGACCUUUUUGCUGAGUAGACAUUUAAACUCUGGUAAUAAACUUCUUGUCGCCAGCCACUGCAUGUUUUACAGAUUAGGACCAUCUUUGAUGUAAUAUGUCAAAGUGUGUUGGCUCGUGGGAUAUAGUUUCAACAUAUUUUGUUCCUGAGUAUUGUUUGGGCAUUUCCAUCCUAUCAUCUUAUAAGCUGCUAGACCUUGCCAAAGCAGGGGUGGGGGAGUUGUUAGCAAGAACAAUAGCAUGAUAGGACAGAGUGCAUUGUAUGACUUAAAAUAAUAUACUUUGUAUUCAUAUUCAUCCAAAGCUCCCUUUCUUCACAAAGCUUCAUACUCAUUCUAAACUUGGCCUCUUCACUAUAAAUGAAGAAAGAAUUGAGUUAGUAAAUAAUACGGUUGGGAUGAACCCUUUCAGAAUCUGCCUCUCCAGAUUUGGAGGAUUUCCUUUCUGGCUCAGGCUAGUCCUGCAAAGCAAGACAAGCCAGGAGAAAAUCUAUAAAUUCUUGUGGACCCUCAGUUGUGUGCUGGCAAACUUCUUCAGCCUCCAUUUCUGGCAGCCAGCCUUCUUCCCUGUUCACUGCUGCUGGUGGCAACAGUGGGCAGGGGAGAAUGGGACUGCUUGUGAAUCCUGGGUGCACUUACCAGGGCUGUGGACACUGGGCCACUGCAAAGUGGACUGGAGUCAGGAAAGCCAGAACCAGGCAAUAUGCCGGAUCUUCUGCCCAAAAUGGAUUCCUUUCACAUGAAUACAUACAUCAUGUUUUGAUGAUAAGAAAUCUCAGUACUCUAAGCCAAAUUCGACAUACUAAUAACAUGUCUAAUUUGUUAGAAGUGUAAUAUAUAAUCAUCUUGCAAUUCCUAGCAUACAAGUUAUUAGGCCAAAACAUAGCUGGUGCACAUUUGGCUUGCAUCCCAAGAACUCCAAAUAAGUUCAGAAUUGUUUCUCAAACUGAUUUCCCCAUCCUUGUUACAAGCUGAGCUUCUAAACCAGAAUUUAACAUGAUGUAAGAUUUUGCUGCUCAAAGGGAAACAGCAUGCACAAUGGAGUUGGCUUGUAUAACACUUCUCAAGGCCAUAUUAUUAAAGGUGAAACUGCAUUUAAAAGUGCAUUGACAGUUAAACAGAUGUGCCCUAGUAGAAAGCUUUAUCUUCUAGCUGGAUAACUAUGGCAAUACCUGUUCUCCUUUUCUGUAAUAUACAAUAUGGGCAGAAUCCUUUUUGUGGUUAUUGAAGAUGCUCAGUUCUUCUUGUUUACUUCCCAGCCCCCUUAAAUUGGUGCAAUUUUUGCCUUCAUUUACUUCCCAGCCAUUAAACUUGUGUAUAUUUCUAUGGGUUUUUUUGAAAGAAAGAAAGAACAAAUGAACAGUUGGGCAACUGUAGCAGUUAAGUACUCCAAAAAGGAGCAGUGUUAAGUGUUAGGGGUAGGCGUUAAUAUCUCCUUUUUUAAGUAGCUGGAGACUGAAGGAAACAUUAAAAAGGGGGAGGGCACUGAGAACUGAUUGUCAGUUCAAUAAACAAAAAGAUGGGCUUGUUAAUUGGGUGAUACUGUCCCUUUUCUUUUGUGCACCUACUUUUUUCCCAUUUGCUGCUAGGCACUGGGACUAGCCCAUCUGCAUGCGUGCCUUGUCCUCUCUCUGACAGCAGAGUCAGACAAGAAAUUGAUCAGGGAAGGCUUGACAUACCAGAUAGCCAUCUUGUGUGCACUUGUGAAGGGCUGACAGUUCAAAAAGCUGCAAUGUUCAGGGGCCAACAAAGCAAAAUAAGACUCCAAUUGUGCAUUGGGGUUCCAAUUUAAAAAGGAAAAGCUAAGGAUAAGUGUUGGUCCUUGCAAAGUGCCAGGUUUGCAUUGGUGGAAGGGCAAUCAUUUGGUGAGAUCACCAAAACAAUUGGCAGAGGGUUUUGCUGUUCCUGCCAAGCAGAUCCAUUCUUGACAGCCCACAAUGAAGUUGUCAUGCUGUGUUUGGAUGACACAACAAGCUAUUGCGAGAAAGAGCAACCCUAAAACAAGCCAUGGGUUCUCAGUGUGGCUUCUAUGUAAAAUUAAUAAGCCACCUUACAGAAAUCAUGCCAGGUUUGGAUGGCAUAAAAGCCCACCAUGGCUGAUUAUCCAUGAUGGAUUCUUGUGUCAUGUGAACAAGGUGAUACACAAAGCAUAUUAAAGCUACAUUAAUGGCUCCUUAAUAAAUGCUUGGGAUUCCAAGAUCUUAAGUGCUAUCUCUUUAAAGAUAAUAUUUUACUGCAGUAUGGUAUAAAGCUGUUGUAUCUGACAAGCAUGCAAAGCUGGGAAGCGUAUGGUAAAAGGAAAAACAACUCAUUCAAUUGUUAAUGUCCAUUUACACAAUUUCUGAAAUAUUUCAUUGUUAUUAUCUACUGUCCCAUAAACUUGGAUUCAGAAUCAUAACUCCCUAAAAAUCCCAUAAAACGGAAUCAUAUACAAUAAGCUUACACACAUUUCAGGCUAGAUGUGGGUCACAAACUGCUCUUUGAGAAGGCAGUCCCUGACUCAAAAUGUGCCUUUUAACCAAGGGUGCAGUCCAAUCAGAAUGCCCAUACUCUUCCAAAAUAGGAGGGUUAUGGACAUUGUAUAUAGAGUGAAAGGAGUGUGCAAGCAAAGGUCACCUCCAUGCUCCUUUGUCUCCCAGAAAACAUUUGGAUGGAUGGCUGUCUCCAUGCAGUGCCUUGGAGUGGGAGAAGGCUGCAGCACUGCCAAGAUGCAUUGCAUCUUGGUGGUGCCAGACUUACCUUCCGUGCCCUGGGAUGCCUCCAGAAACAUGACUAAAGGGCUGCUAGAUGCUACUGGUUCAGUUCUUCCCAUGCUGGGAGACCAGGGGUUUGUUUAUUAGAUUUAUAUCCCACUUUUCCCUUACAACAAAGUCGAAAUGGCUCAUAUUUUCCUCCUCCUAUUCUCCAUCUUAUCUCCACAACAACCCAGUGAGGUAGGCUGGGCUGAGAGUCUGACUGGUCCAAAGUCACCCAGUUGGCUCCAUGGCUCAGCAAGGACUGAAGCCCAGAUUGUGUGGGUCUCAGUCCUGCGCUCUUAACCACUAUGCUACAUUGGCUCCCAUAGCUCAGGUGCCAGAGGUCCAAUUUCUAGUUACAAGGUCAGAGCAUUUUAGAACCUUAGGUUGGGAUCCAAGCAAUUCUGUGGCCAUCUAGAUGUUACCUAGUGUCCCAUUGGACUGUUAGGGUACAAUACAAUGCCCUCCACACACAGUGCAUGUAAGCUUCAGCCUGGGUUAUCCAGUGCGGCUGUAAGCAGUUUCUGCCAUCUUGCAUCCUGCACUUCAUUUAGACAGCUAUUUGCAGCCAUCCAGAUGAAGCACCAUGAAUGGAUAGGGAAGGAGGCUGGGGAACCACUUGAAUACAGUGCAAAUUGUCAUCCUGGGCCUUCUGCAUGCCCUGCUCCCUGCAUCCCCCCUUUUAGUCCCCUCCCAAGGCCAAUUUCCAACCUCAGCACAAUUCUUUCUGUGCCACUAGUGGAACGGGCAGGGCUUGGCCAUCAAAAUCCCAGCUCUGAAUAAUCCUGUACUGCAUCCAACAAUUUCAGGAGGCCCUGGGAUUAUGCCAGCAUAAUUUUACCAUUGUGGAUAACAUUUUCCCAGAUACCUAGCUUUUAAAGAUACUGCAUUGUUGGUUCAUUAAAAAUUAAAAGUUUAUUUUCAGCAUUAGCUAUAUAGCUUUUCCUUAUUCAGACUUUUCUGCCCAAGUGACCAGAUUUCUUUUGUAUGAUGUCAGUUCCCAGCAUUCACUGUAAACCAAUUUGUGUCCUAGCGUCAUCCCUUUAAUGUGAUCAGUAUAUUUUACUAAUUGACACUUCCAAAUUCCUAAUUGUGUAUUAAGUGUUUUAAGCAGCUCUUCAGUUGGUACUUCAUCAAGAAACACCUUAUUUUGUUUCAAGAGAGAUGAGUUAGCAGUUUUUAGUAGCAUUUCCAGUAAUUCAAAUAUAGGCUAUGAGAACCAUUGUCUUAAAAUCUGUGACAUAUGUAUUUUGGAAGGAGCUUCAGGAAGCCCUUUCUUUUAAAAUGAUUAGAGAUUUAAAAUUUAAAAAUUUGGUCUAUCUUGAACUAUCUUGAAUGGUUAUCUUAUGUUCUGUUUGCCCCAAACUUUGAGAAAAAAGUUCUCAUGAACAUGUGUAUAUAUUUUUGUAUACAUCUUGAUAAACAUAUGUUCACAUGCAAUUUUGUCUAAUGUACACUGAUUUUGCAAGCUGUUUUCCUAAUGUAGUGCAAUUGUGAACUUUGUUUUUACUAAUCCACAUUCUUGAGUGCAUUUUCUUCUAAAAUACAAAUGGUCAUACACUUUUUAAAUUUGAAAACUCACUUAAAAAAUCAGAGAAGUGUAACCUGUAAGAAGUAAGGUGUUUUGGUGUGUGUAUUAAAUCCAAUGUGUAAAUUUGGUAAGUUUGCAUUAAAGUACAAAUCGAAUGGAUUGCUCCUGCAACUCUAAAGUGUAUUAGAGAAAAUGAGAAUCUCUGCAUUGCCAUAUGCUGGCCUGCAGCUUUUGGAGCAAUCUUGAAGCUUAUUUUUGAGGAAUGUCUGGAUUGUAAAAGCUAGCCACAAUAUUUGUAGAGGUGCUGAGGCGUUGUCUGGAUGAGGUAAUGAAUAAGGGUUCAUAAAAUGAAGCAGAUCCCUGACAAGAUGGAGGUUAUUUGGGUAGGAAGUUCUUAGGACUAGGGAAAUCUCUGUUUAACUAGCUCAGGAUGGAGUUCUAUUCAUCUCCAAAGAACAGGUCUAGCUCCACAGUUCAGGAGUGCUCCUUGAUCCAUCAACUUCAGCCACUCCACAAAUUUCUGCUGAUCCUGGUCAGGAAUAGCUUGACUACAGUGAUUCAUGUUCUGGUAAUCUUCCAGUUGGAUUACCAUAAGACAUCAUAUUUGGGGCUACCCUUAAACGUCACUUGGUGGCUAGAAUUUUUAUUGGCUUAGCUAAGUAGAGCCAGGUUGCACCAAUUCAAAGAUGUAAUCUUCAGGUCAGGACUGUGUUCAUUAUCUAGGGAUUCUUUUAUAUUAAAUUCCAUUCAGGAAAUCCUGAGAUCCUAAUUUGUAUCACUCGGUAAUAGCCCCUCCCCCACACAAAGUAUGGGCAAACAACAAUGUUGAUUCAAAUUAACCAACAGUGUAUCAAGAAGAGGUUAGCAGUAUAGACCACCAAAAAAAGACCUGUGUGUCCAGGACUUUCCCAGCUGCUCUCAAGGCCUAGACCAGUGAUUCCCACAGUGGGCGGUAUCGAGUCCAGGUCCAAAGAUAUGGGGGGAGUUGUUUUAAAUUUGCAGAAGAGCAACUGUCCUAAUACAAAGAGAGAGGCAUAGGGGCACUAGAGUUGAUGCCCAAGAGGAAUGGGGUGGUAGCCCCAAAAAGUUUGGGACCCUCUUGUCUAAAUGUUCCAAAGUCUAUGUCUGAUGGACUUACAGUUAAUGAAAGGAUGCAAUGAAUGAGCAGGCAUCCAUUGCAUGAUUCACAAUGAUGUAGAAAUGUGAGAACAUUGUAAUAUAACUGGCUUCAGCAAGGGAUAGGGGCAAAUCAAGUAAACACCAGGGAAUUGGAAGCAUUGCAGUAAAGACUUUUAACCAGCAGGUGGCAGCUCCCAACAGGAAUUGCAAAGCCAGAUUGAUGCAUGUGGUGCUGGUACCUUAACUUUAGAAUACCAUCCCUAAGUCAGACUGGUGCUGAAAAUUAGAAUGUUUUUAGCAUGAGAUCAAUGCAUUUUUAUUUGUACUGAUGUUUUACAGUGAUGUAAUUGCUCCCCCCCCCGCAUGCCAGUCUUACGAUUUUGUUGCCUUUUAGUCUUAAUUGUUGUUUAAAGUUUGUUGUGUUGUUUUUAUAUUUAUGUAGUACUUUUAUUAUUGUAUGCCACAUAUAAUCUGUCAGGCUGAAGGGAGUUUUUGAAAGGCUGAAAUAAAUAAUGUAGACUUUUAUAAUUCUUUGUAUAAAACAGGCAUAAAUAACUACUCAUUUGGCAGUAAAACAUCUCUUCUGCCCUAAAGGA